AUGGUUUGCUCAGUAUCAAGUGAACAAGAAGUAAAGGACCGUGUUUUAUCAAAAUCUAAUGGUAAAAAUGACCAAGUUUAUGAUUGGAGUGAUUUUUCCAACUGGCCUGAGGUAUUAACUCUUACUAUGAAAUAUGAAAUUGUAAAAUGGGGGCCUAUACAAAUUAAAAGCUGGGAUUUUCCAUUUUCAUCUAAUGGAGAACACCAAAGAAGAAGAUUCACUGUAAACUAUUACUACCGUAAAUUGCCAAAUAAUGAAGUUAUUAACCGCCAAUGGCUAGUUUACUCCAAAAUUGAUGAUUGUGUUGUAACGAACACGAAAUAUAUACAUGACCUACUAUCUAACCAAAACACGACACAGUACAACAGCCGCUCAUCAGUGUCAAUAGAGUGCGCACUUCCCCGAGGGAAGACUGCGCACUAA